UGGCGACCGUACUUCCUGUUCCGGAGCCAGAAGGAUCCGCGCGUCUCUGCAGCCGCUGUCCGUCACUCCUCCGUCGUGUUUUUCAGUAUCCGCUUCUCGGGACUCUUCGCCGCUACUGCGCCGCGCCGCGGGCUCGGAUCUGGCCGGGAAAAUGUCAGAUGAAUUUUCGUUGGCAGAUGCACUACCUGAACAGUCCCCUGCCAAAACUUCAGCUGUGAGCAAUACAAAACCUGGCCAACCUCCUCAAAGCUGGCCAGGUUCCAAUCCUUGGAAUAACCCAAGUGCUCCACCUUCUGUGCCAUCUGGACUCCCACCAAGUGCAACACCUUCCACUGUGCCUUUUGGACCAGCACCAACAGGAAUGUAUCCCUCUGUGCCUCCUACUGGACCACCACCAGGACCCCCGGCACCCUUUCCUCCUUCUGGACCAUCAUGUCCCCCACCUAGUGGUCCUUAUCCAGCCCCAACUGUGCCAGGCCCUGGCCCCACGGGGCCAUAUGCUACACCAAAUAUGCCCUUUCCAGAGCUUCCUAGACCAUAUGGUGCACCCACAGAUCCAGCUGCAGCUGGUGCUUUAGGUCUAUGGGGAUCCAUGUCUUCUGGACCUUGGGCACCAGGAAUGGGAGGGCAGUAUCCCACUCCUAAUAUGCCAUAUCCAUCUCCAGGGCCAUAUUCCACUCCUCCUCCUCAAGCACCAGGGGCAGCACCGCCUGUUCCAUGGGGCACUGUGCCACCAGGAGCGUGGGGACCUCCAGCACCAUAUCCUGCCCCUGCAGGAUCAUAUCCCACACCAGGACUCUAUCCUACUCCAAAUAAUCCUUACCAAGUGCCUUCAGGACCUUCUGGUGCUCCACCAAUGCCUGGUGGCCCCCACUCUUACCAUUAAGUUAACAAUGGAUGAAGAGAUGACGGUCUGCUUUUUGAAGUUCAUGUAAAUGCACAUGAAUGCAUACAUAGAAGUUGCUGGUUUCGCUAUUCUUGGAGGGCAUUCAUGAAAGAACAACAUUUGCACCUCUCAGAGAAGAUACCUGCUUCCUAGUUGGAUGUGUAGAACAUCAUGGAAACAAUCAGAUAAAAAUGUAGAAACAUCAUUCGGAUGUGAUUUUUAUUUGGUUUUGGAAAGUUAAAAUGAUUAAGUAUAUUGACUAGCUCUUUGAUAAGAUUUGUUGAAAUCAUAAAUAUACCCUUAAAAUCUAAGAUGAUACGGUUUAUUGUUAGAAUCUGCAACUUAAUUGGCAAAUUGUCUCAAGCAUUUUUCUCUAAUCCCCCAUGUGUCCCCCAUGCCUACAACUGAAAUCAAUAAUGUAAACAUGGCUCAACAUUUUGAGCUCUACAUAAACCUGGGGCUCUUGUUAAAUUUUGGGUACAUAUUUUAAGAACCAGUAAUUGUCAGAUGCCAAGUUCAUCAGCCGGCCAUUGUUCAUUUUUAUCCUUAAGCUUUUAGUGUUUUGUUUUCCACGAGUCAUACAGCACUGAAAUCUGCCAUUUAUGAAACCAUUGUGUUUGUGUAGUACUGGGAGUGGAAUCCAGGGCUUUGUGCAUGCUGGGCACUCUGCCACUGAGCAACACUCCCAACCCUGGUAGUUUUUUUAAUCGAAGCCAACAUGUAUGUAAGUUUAAAUAUUCUUAGAGAAUUGUUUAUCUCUUUGUAUUGCUUUAGAAUGAUUAUGAAGGAAAGAACUCCGCUUUGUUUUGAACCUUAAACUAGAUAAAUCCUAGAAAUUGAUUCCUUGCAACAAGUAACCAUUCCAGAGGCAGCUCUUUGCUCAGCCCGUUCCCUUCUCCCCCAGCCCCACUCCCUCGGUUCUUUAGAAGGAGCACAUCCCUUGAUUCCUCCCUCAUGUGGAAAAUGGCACAAUAGAGAUUUAUUGUAAAGAACAUACAGCAAUUACAUUUGGAGAACGUUAAGUCCUACAGAUAUGACUAUUCUCUUUGUAUAAGUGUGAAUCAAAACUGUAUUUCAAAGUCUGGUUAAGCUGUGUCAUUGUACUGCAGUUUCCUGAAUCUAUAAAGUGUCCAUGGCUAACAGUUCUGUAUUUGUUGACAGGCAGAUAAAUAGAAUUGAGUACCAUCUUUGAAGAAAUUAUUUUCUAGCUCAACCCUGAAAAUAAUAAAUUGUAGAUCUCUGCAACUGAA